GAGGAGAAUCUCAACACUGAUAGACUUUCGCGAGACAGCGUCACGCGAAUUUCUCGCUCGAGUUAAAAUAUUUCAACUCCCGCAAAUACGCAAAUGACGCAAAUUUUGCGUGUUUGCGUCACAUCAUUCGUGUCGCCCGGUGUAAAUUUGCGUCUAUCGCCCCUUUGCAUUGACUUUGCAUGUAAUUGCUGCACGAAAAGUUUUCUUCGCUCUUGGUUAAGUCAGAAAUUAAGAAAACCAAGUUGAACAACUUUCACAAUCAGAUCAUCAGAUGUUUUUCAGACGAUUUUCUACAAAAGAUUAAUAACAUUUACUAUAUACUGUAUAUAUACUGUAUAUAGAGCCUUCUUUUCCUGACUUUAGAGACAAAGUUAGGAACUCAAACACAACACAAAAUUAAACAACAUCUUCACUCUUUUAAAUCAUAAUAGUAUGUACACUACAAAUGAAAAUGGGACUCACUUUCCAUUUCUCCCAAUUCACACAGCUUGCACAACCAGUUUUCCUGCCGAAUGCUUUUGGAUCUGCCAACCUCCAGAGGAAGAAUUCCAGUUAUUUCAGCUAUGACAAGAUAUUAUCAAACUUUAAUAAAAGCUUUCUUUAUCAGAGUUAGUUAACAUUACAGCAUAUUUUGCAUAAAAUGUAUUUUGCAUGCGGCUGCAUGCACUGGACCGUGAAGGUUUGGUACGAAUACACAAACCGUUCCAGCCCUAAUAAAGAAUCCCAUUAUUUUGCUAACUUUUUGAAUGCUAACCCUUCUGACCUCUGACUGCAGGUACCCAGACUCAUGGUAUCAGGACAUCACCUCCAACAAGAAGUUAUUUUCCCUUGCUGCCACCUUCAGAGGAGGCAUUGUGGGAAUGAUUGUGGCCGAGAUCAAAGGCCGGACCAAAGUACACAAAGAGGAUGGAGACAUCCUGGCCUCCAGUUUCCCUGUGGACACACAGGUAGCCUACAUCCUCAGCCUGGGAGUGGUCAAAGAGUUCAGGAAACAUGGCAUAGGCUCCCUACUGCUGGACAGUUUGAAGGAGCACAUCUCAACAACAGCCCAGGACCAUUGUAAAGCAAUCUACCUGCACGUCCUCACCACCAACAACACUGCCAUCCACUUCUAUGAGAACAGGGACUUCAGGCAGCACCACUACCUGCCCUACUACUACUCCAUACGAGGCGUCCUCAAAGAUGGAUUCACAUAUGUGCUCUACAUCAAUGGGGGUCAUCCACCCUGGACAAUAUUUGACUAUAUCCACCACAUCGGUUCAACCCUGGCCAGCCUGAGCCCCUGCUCCAUCCCUCAGAGGCUGUACCGGCAGGCCCAGUCCCUGCUGCGCUCCCUGCUGCCCUGGUCCAACAUCGCCUCCAAGACCGGCAUACAGUACAGCAGAACAAUGUGACACCAACGUGGAGUGCAACUGUUUCUCAUCAGUCUUCCCCCUGUACACACCAAGAUGUACACGCACACUCACAUUCUCAAUCCCGUACGGCGUUCCACACCCCGCGUUCGACACAGGUAUCAGGUUCAACCUGCGUUUUGACCAUUCGCGCACUAGAACGAUAUUCCCGUUUGUCACUGUUCACACAAAGAUCCGGGUUUGCAGCCGUGGUUCUGCGCCCGCUGCUUAACAGGGUUGUCGCAUUGCAACGUCAUCACAACUGCAAUGUUGGAUUUUAACACCGACAGACUGUGUGAUUUGCUAAAACCAUAAGACUUCUUUUAAUCGUUCAGUUACUGUACUGUCCCCGUAUAUACUACACUAUCCCAUAGUUACUACAGUAACCUGUGUUUACCCAGUCAUACCAAAGCCGAGCAGUGUCUGACCUGCUUUCCACCCAGGCGGCAGAGCAAAGCGGAGGUUCAGAUAAACCGUGGUGACCCGGGCACACAGACGGCAAACAUGGAUCGUAGUUUUGGUGUGGAAACGGUGUAACACACACGCACUGGGAACCCUACAGAGACUGCCUAUCUUCCUGUCUCCUCUCAUCCUGUCCACCACUGUCACAGAGACUAUGUAUACUGUUUGUAUAUUAUAUAUACUAAGCUAAUAUAUGAAUUUCUCUCAAUAUGUAUGUCUAUUCUAUGCUGUCGGUAGUUGAAAGAUAACCCCAUCCUGUCCCCUUUUCGAGUGUAGAAUGAAUCAUGAGUCAAUUCCACUUUGUAAAAUAGAGACUCGAGGACAAGUUAAAUUGAAUUCUGUGAAUCUAGUUUGUUAAUAGGGUAGAAUAAAGCUAAUUAUACACAGGAGACUUUGAGACACAAUGUAGAUGGGUGAUAUAAUUAGUAGCAACUGGAGUUUUCAAAAAGGAUUCAUGAUAUUGUCGGAGUUGCUGUGUGCAAUACUUUGUACUGGGAACUGUGACAUCAGUACAGAAACCUUUACUGCAAUUAAGGCUGUCAAUCAAUUAAAAUAUUUAAUCGCA